CGACAGCAAUUUCAAAACGCAAUCACUGCUCGUACGGUCCGGGGCCCGGACAUUAUCGCUCAAACAGCACAAAGCUAUAGCAAGUGUUUCUUUGUUUGUUUGUUUGCAAACAAGUGUUGCAGAGAAUGACCUCGAACUUAUUCGUGGUUACAGUGCUCCUGCUGCUGAGCGCAGCCGCGGCGUCGCUUCCCUGCGCGUUACGUCACUACCCGACCGGCUCGGUGUGCGUCUGCAAUGUGACCUACUGUGACACGCUGGAGCUCGUGGAACCAACGGUGGCCGGUGAGUUCGUGCUGGUUUCCAGCGGACGGGAUGGUAUAAGGUUCCAGCAGAGUCGGGGCAGGUUUGUGAACGCUUCGCAGGUGGACUUCCAUCCAGCGGUUAUGCGGGCGAGAUAUCGCAGAUUCAGCCGCAGCUUGAAGUCCGUUACGGUUGAGUUGAAUCGAAAGAGGAGGUUCCAGAGAGUGGCUGGAUUUGGCGGGGCGUUCACCGGUUCUGUUUCGUACAAUCUGAAACUGUUGAAACCGGAGCUGCGGAUGAGCAUUUACCAGGCGUAUUACUCGAAGAAGGUUGGCAUUGGAUAUAGUUUUAUGAGGAUACCGAUCGGAGGAUGCGAUUUUGACUUGAAACCGUGGGCUUACAACGAGCUGCCCAUUAACGAUGGGAAAUUGAGUAACUUCAGCCGCCUUGAUAGUCGUGAUGUACAGAGGAUCGAUCAAAUCAAGGAAUUGAUGAAUGUUACGGGGAAUUACGAGAUCAAAAUUAUGGGUGCAGCGUGGAGCCCGCCGAAGUGGAUGAAAUCCAACAACGAUUGGAGCGGUUCAAGUCGACUCAAGGAGGAAUAUUAUCAAACAUGGGCGGAUUACCACGUUAAGUAUUUGCACCUGAUGAAGGCUGCUGGAAUUGAUUACUGGGCUAUUUCGACCGGAAAUGAACCUAUGAAUGCGGUAAUUGGUUUUCUAUUCAUCCGAUUUAUGAGUCUCGGCUGGACUGCUCACAGUCAGGGCCGAUGGGUUGGAGCGCAUCUUGGGCCGACACUGAGAAAUUCGCCAUUUAAAAGCGUGAAGCUUUUUGGCGGGGAUGACCAAAGGUAUACACUUCCCUGGUGGUAUUCGCUGAUGAAUGAAGGACACCCGAAUGCGACCCAGUAUUUGGACGGAUUGGCGGUCCAUUGGUACUGGGAUGGAAUCACCCCACCGGGAUUGCUUGAUCAAGCAGCGAAUCUGUAUCCGGACAAAUUGUUGUUCAAUACGGAGGCAUCACUUGGGGAUAAGCCUUUCCAAACGCAUGGACCUAUUCUUGGUUCAUGGGAUCGUGCCGAAUCCUACAUAACUUAUAUUAUGCAGGACCUCGAGCACAGUGUCCACGGUUGGAUCGACUGGAAUUUACUGCUGAACGAAAUCGGUGGUCCCAAUUAUGCUAAAAAUUACGUUGAGAGUGCGGUCGUCAUAAAUUCCACUGGUGAAGAACUGUACAAACAACCCAUUUUCUACGGAUUAGGUCACUUUUCCAGAUUCAUAACCGAAGACUCUAUCAGAUUCGAGACCACCAGUAGUGACUCGGGUCUCGCAGUAGUGGGCUUUGAAAGGCCCGAUGGAAAAACAACAUUAAUUUUCCACAACAAGAGAUCGAGCCCUUGCGAGAUGACAGUCAGAGAUCCGGAACGAGGAACAACUCAGCUGCAACUUCCUCCCAAAUCAGUGCAUUCCAUUCUAUACGCCUAGUUGAAACUGUGACAAAUUUGGGCACGACAAGAAAAACAAUAAACCAAGCAGCGAAACAAACUCGGAACUAUCUGUUAACCUUCGACCCUAACCUCAAGCAACAAAUGAGCCGUGCAUUCUUAGGUGGAUGCAAUGAUAAUCCCAGCGCCCAAACAAAGAUUUGGCACGUUCGACAAAGCACCGUAUGUAUUCCCGUUUAAAACAACAUCUAUUUUGUCGGCAUUUGUCUGCGAGACAUGGUGUCCCGCACGGCCAGAUGAGGCAGCAUUUGCGUUACCAGGCGCGCAACUGCAAGACAAACUGUCACGGUCGAUUUCCAUGUGCAUGUUUCCUCUUCUCCCUCUCUAUUCUCCCGGUUGCCGGUUGAUUACACGAGCACAGGAACCCGGUGAAAGUUCCAGACCCAACAUUGAAACAUUUCCGCUGCCAUGACGGCAAGCAGACAGCUCGAUUGAUACAUAACAUGAUUCAUUUUCUGAAAUUGAUACACUGCGCUGUGCAACAUGUCGCCAGGUGCGUACCUCGGAGCUUGGGUUCAGUUGGUUUGCACCAUUAGACAGCUCCCAAUAAUCCGUGCGAUCUUUUAUUUUCUUGCUGGGCAUCCGCCUCCCCCCCCCCAUUCCGUAACACUAGACAACAAUGUUUUCAAACUCAUGAUUAAUGCGAUGAAGUCUAUGCGGUCUGUGAAAAAGUAACUGCCGGGGAAUGGAUUUACAAUAGCGCGGCCGAGCGAAAGGUCCCUCGAGAGACGCAUAAAUUAUCGGCGUAAAAACUGAUUAUGAUCCUAUAUUUGUUUGCUUUUGUACCAAUCCCCCACACCCCCGUUUUCUUCAACCCGAUCUACUCCACUCCGGCCCGGCAAGAUUCAUUCACUCUCUCCUUGAGAAGUGUCUUCGAAACGACAGCCGUUCUCCAAAAAAAAAAACAAAAACAAAAAUAAGAAUCCGCGCAUCAUCAAAUAAAGAUAUCAUUCCGGAAAAUUUAUAGUUUUUGAUGAGUAUAUUUUCAAUGUAAUUGAGAAGGAUUAGUGUCGCUGCCGCCGUCAACGGAGUGGGUGAGAAGAAAAAGCGGAAAGAUUGUGUGCGGGAUCUGGAUGUUGUUACAUCCCCCUCUGCUCUUUCUCUCUCUCGGGCUCUUCUUCAGUGUCAUGUUUUCGAAUUGUUUUUUUCUCUACUCGUUCAGAUUCUACAGGGCACAUUUCUAGUAUUUAUGAGAUGGGAUUUCGAAAAGUGUGUUUUAUUUUUUCUAAAGAUUUAGUAAUAAGCUGAAGAAAUGCAAAGCACGCGCGUCUUUUGGAUCCAGUCUAUUUCAAUUUGGGCAAAGGCAAAAAAAAGCAUUGCGCGAGCUGAGGAAAAAUUUUGUGAAAAUCUCCAACGGACGGCCCGAGUGUCACAAAAGAGCUUGAAACUGGACAGGAUAAUUACUUACUACUUUUUUUCCUCAAUUAAUUCGUAAGUAGUUCUUGGGUAAGUAGUCAAAUUAGUUUCCAGUCGAAGAUGGGUGAUUCAUGAGAUUGUCAAUGCACGUAGCGCACUUAGUAUGCAUCGCGAAUAUUCUUAAUUAAUUAAUUAAGUAAUUAAGUCUUCUAAAAAACCGGAACCUCAGUCAUGAUUGAUGAGAAGAUAUUGGUCAGCAUGUUCUUCAGAUCUUUCGUGACCUUGGAGAUUAGCUACUUCUUUGUUUGACAAAAUUAUUGGAAAUUAUUACAAAAUUAGGUCCUCCGUUUGUGGUUCGCCCAGCAAUUUUCUAUCGGUUACAGCUGGGAGCCUUUGGGAUGGUUGACGGACCUCGGUACAACGUCUAUCUUGAGCCGGUCCAUCUCCAGUGAUUUGUUGUCAGCCGCUCUUUCUGGAUGUUUAUCUGCUGCUCAGACACGGCCGGCCUAGACUGACGCUUCUGCAUGAAUGUACUUGUUCAUAGUUUGCUCCGACCGCCAUUCCAAGGCGCGGGACGAUGAGGCUACCUUGCUCUCGGUUUCCCUAGCUUCUGCUGUACUUUACGGUGGCUCGGCACUGUCUGACUAUCAACACCAGGCUUCCUUUCGACACUCUCGCCAUUCUUUCGAAGAAAGAGAAUGUUUUAAAUGCCGGAUCGACUAUAUCUGUGACUCAGUAUGUCCUACUUCUUCGCGCUCUGGGAGAAAUCGGCAGUACGAACAAAGUAUCGGACGUAGUUGUUUCAUAGUUUUCGCCAAGGCAAAUCAACUGAUAAGGGUGUCGAUGCAUUUUUGUAGAAUAAACCCAAUAAACCCCAAAUUUUUGUAGAAUAAACCCAACAAACCAACCCAAUAAGCCCAAUAAACGUAGUA